GUAGUGCAGUGCAUAACUAAAUUUUAAAGCACUUUUCCUCUCGGAUAUGAGCGUGAUGGAGAGCAGAGAGGAGCUCUGAAAGGGUGGAGACACGCUCGUCUCUUCAAACAGCAGAACUGGUGGAGACAGACGCGCGCUACAUGCACUAAACAACAUCUCAAGAGACCGAGUGUUCGGCAAACUUAAUGAAAAGCACGACGAACAUUAACUGGUCGACCACCGACACCAGAGGGAAACUUUAACUUCAACUUUGAACGCUGUGAAUAUGAAAUAGAGCGCCGCGUAAAAGCUUGCGUAAUUGCGCGCGCGACAACUUUUUAAAUAGUUAUUUAUUCUUUUUUUAAGCGAACUCUUAUUUAUAAUUAAACAUGAACGCUUCGGAUAUAUUUUGCGAUUCUGAUUUUGCAAACUCCACCAACAUUUCGUGCGUGAACCGGACCGUCCCGUCCUACAGCAUCAUAGACAUCGCGUCUUUCAUGCACAUUUUCCCCACAAUCUACGGCGUCCUGUGCUCGGUCGGGGUUCUGGCUAACAGCCUGGUGAUUUACGCCGUGGCGUCCUGCAAGAAGAAGAUGGUGUCUGAUAUUUACGUGUUAAACUUGGCCAUCGCAGACCUGUUGUUCUUGCUGGUGAUGCCCUUCAACAUCCAUCAGCUGGUCCGAGACAGGCAGUGGGUGUUUGGGCACUUCAUGUGUAAAGCUGUGGUGGUGGUGGACGUCAGUAACCAGUUUACCACAGUGGGCAUCGUGACUGUGCUCUGCAUUGACAGAUACAUUGCAAUCGUCCAUCCUACAUCCGAAAAGAGAACCAUCCAGUGGACCAUCAUCAUUAAUAUCAUGGUAUGGGUGGGCAGUUUCCUCCUGAGCAUCCCGGUCAUGAUUUACGCCAAGGUGACCUCCAAGAAGAGCAUGGACAUCUGUAUGAUCGACCUGGGCGGGCCUCAGGAUAUGUAUUGGUACACGCUCUACCAGUCCAUGCUGGGAUUCAUGAUCCCGCUCAUCAUAAUCUGCACGUUUUACACUCUGACUCUGUACCAUGUGUUCCGCUCCAUCCGUCGGGUCAAACGCAAGCAGUCGGUUUGGGCCAAACGUGCCACCAAAACGGUUCUGAUGGUGAUCGCGUUGUUUUUAGUCUGCUGGUCUCCAUAUCACGUCAUCCAAAUGAUCAAUCUGAGUAUCCAGCAUCCCACCAGCGCAUUUGUGUACGCAUACAACAUCAGCAUCUGCCUGAGCUACUCUCACAGCUGCAUCAACCCGCUUAUGCUACUGCUUUUCGCCCAGAACUACAGAGAUCGGCUCUGCCAUCGCAAAGAGUUACGCUCGCAGAUCAGCUCGUCUAAAACCACGGUAAAAACCGACGGCGGCUCCAGCGUCAGUCCAGACACCAGUCAUCGCUGCACGGUCAUCUAAACCAGGAGAAACUCUGAUACUGCAUGAUUCUCAAAGGGGAAAACUGUGAAAUAAAUGACUCCCACGCUAAAGGAGUGGAUCAGCGCUCUGGAAAAGUGACUGGUGUUUGUUGUAUACUGUUAAUUUAUUUGGUGUUGUUGUUUUUUUUUUUAAAAGUUCAUCUAAAAUUGAAAGUUCUGUCAUCGUUUAUGCAUCUUUAUAGAAAUAAAUGCCCUUUAUCGCCUAUAUAGAAAUGUGAUAUAUGCCAAUAAAUGCACAUUUCAUAUAGGAGGUCAUAUUUGGAUAGUCACAUAGUGAAGUUUAUUUAUAAACUAAUUUCGAGAGGAUCACGUGCUUUUGAUUGCUCGCAGCCGGCCCUGCUGUAUUCAAUUCAUGAUUUACAAAUCAGACGAAUUCUAAGCCAUUAUAAAUACCCUAAGUUCCAUAUCACAGCCAUCUUUGUUUUGAGGAAUCCCCCCUUCCACCCCUACUCCUCCUCCUUUCCUAGAUGGGUGGCACAGUGGCCCAGUGGUUAGCAUUGUUGCCUCACAGCAAGAACGUCACUGGUUCUAGUCCAAGCCAGCCAACGUUUCUGUGCGUAGUUAACACAUUCUCCCCGAGCUCACGUGGGUUUCCUCCCACCAUCCAAAAACAUGCAACUUAAGUUAAUUGACUAAUCCAAAUCGGCACCAUAGA